CUUACUAUUGAUAUCAAACGUUUGUGUGAUUCAUAACAUCAGAGAGGUAUUCGCGUUGCAGGUUAUUUUAGCUGUGUAUUGAAAAUGAGUUUCCAGCAGAGAUCACCGUUCCAUCAACAAUCCGGAUAUGGACAGAAUAAUAGCAGUUCAAGACAGUCUAGUCCACAACAAAACGUUUUACAGGGGUGGGGUACACCUGCAAGGGGUUAUUCUCCGAACCCCAGUCCUCGAGCCGACAGACAAUUUCAAUCGCCUGGUUCUGCGAAACAUCACAGUCCCAGGCAUUUGAAUUUCAGUUCUUCAAGUUAUAAUUCACCUACGUUUAUGAACUCGUCAGGGUAUGCCCAUCCGUACGAUAGGUACUCAUCCCCCAGUGAUUCGAAGUUCAAAACGCCCCAUUCUCCAAAUGUCUUCUCUCCCCCGGGUUCAAGAGGUCGUGGCAGUUACAGUGGCAGAAAGCAUAAUCAGAAUUUCCACAGACCCUUUAAUCAGACACACAGACAAGACCGUAAUUGUAAUCCGGGAGGCAGUGGCAAUAUUGAAGAUUACUUCCAUCCGAGUAUGUUACAUGAUCCGUGGAAAUUUUGUAGUUCUGUUCCUGUCACACAUGAACCAUCGCUGACAACAUGACGAAAAAAUACCCUUAAACAGUUCAGUUCAGGAAAACCUUAGGGGAGAGUAUCUGGUAAUGUUUAAAGACACAAUACUUUGCCCCUAAAAACUACAGUAUGCUUCAGGUAUAAAAUGUGAUAGCUCAAUUCAUGUAACAUGCAAAAAACAUACAACCCAAGGCAGCAAAUGUCCAUAUGUAAUCAUAUGAAAAUGGCCAUUUCAUGCAACCGUGGUCAGUUGAUAUUCUCAAUGGUAGUUGCCAGGCGGUUCAUGAUGGCAUAAGCAUUGUAGAUAUCCCAAUGGACAAACAAUUUUACAUUGCUUGGUUACGAAUGACAUUGCUUAAAUAAUGUACUGAUCUAAUCGACACACAGUGCUACUGUAAGACUGUACAUACAUGUGUAUUGUGUACGAAUGUGCAAUUUGUAUAUAUACAAUUUAUACAUCAGUAUAUAUACAAUAUAUAUUUGGAACCGUUAUAACAUCGUGUGCGUUGAACAAUUAGUCAAAUCUUUCAGACUACCUGUGUGUUAUAGACUUGCAGAUUUGUCAGAAAAAAAUCUUAAAAAUAUGAAAUUUUUCCAGGGAUUUAUCGGCAGCUUUGCAAAAUGGACACAGAAAUGAAAACAAUGUGAAAUUGUGUUUUAUAACAUUUGUAUAGCAAGACUUUUGUCGCUAAGACAGGCAGCGUUUUAAUGAAAAACAAGUUUUUAGUAUCAUAGAGAUUUUUAUUUCUGAUAAAAUAACUUUUCAGUGGAUUGAAUUCAUACAAUUAAUUGUGUGUUGUUGAUGUUAAUGUGCAAAACUGUUUUAUUGUAUUUUGAUUUAAAACUAUGGAUCAGUAAUUCUGACUAAUACAUAUUUCAUACCAUAAUAAAAGGUAAUUAUUCUAAUUUCUUUAUUCACAUUUGAUAUUGGAGUGUUAAAUUUAGCAUUCAUAAAUAUCCAUUAACAAUUUCAACAUUUUAAUUUAACAUAUUAUUUUAUUUUGAUGUAACACUUGUAAACCAAUAUAAUUGUCAAGUAUUGUCAUGUAGAGUUUGAGAGAAAAAAUAGUAUCAAAUUAUAUGAAAUAAACUUUUAAGAUGUUUAAUA